AUGCCGGCCGCGGCCUCACCGGAGCCUGUCACACCGAAGGCAGACAAAAAGGCCAAAAAAUCCCACAAGUCGGACAAGAAGCGCUCGCGCGAAGAGGACGCCGCUGUCGAUCCCGAGGAGCGGAAGCAUAAAAAGUCCAAGAGCGUCUCGGCCGAUGCUAGCAACGAACACGAAGAUGUAGCCGGCAAGAAGGAAAAGAAAAAGAAAAAGAGCAAGCAAGACAGCACAGUGGAUGGAGAUAAGGCCGAGCAGAAGAAAUCCAAAAAGAAGCAUGUUGACAGUGAGAAAAAGUCGGAACGCAAAAAGAAAAAGUCCAAAACGGACAGCGACGACGUCGUUGUCAUAGUCACGGAUGCCGAGGAUGGCAUGGCACAAUCGCAACUGGAAAUUGUAUCUGCUCAAGCAGCCGAUGAUUUCAUGGACCUUGACGAGCCUGCUACCAACUACAUAUCUAAUAUAUACCAACCCCCCGACAUCCCCGCCGAGCCGCAAUUCCCCUUUUUUUCGCAAACAGUCUCGCUUUACGAACCCAUAUACCCCAUCGGAUGGGCCCAGCCCGUCACCAACUGCGAGUAUCACUACCUGCGCCACCUGCAGAACAAGUACGUGCCCUCGCUGCGGGGCGUUCUCAUGAACUACAAGAAUGUGACGCUCGGCGACGAACCCGGCCGAGUGGGCGCCGCCACCAACGACGAGGAGGAGACGACGCUCAAGUCGCAGCGCGAGUUUGGUGUGGGAUUUGGCUGGAUCACCGCCGACGUGGACCUGUUUGUGCCAAGCCGCGGCGCAUGGAUGGAAGGUAGCGUUAACCUGCAAACCGAGGGCCACAUUGGCGUGGUAUGCUUUGGCAAGUUCAAUGCCUCUAUCGAGGCACGCCGGUUACCCCCGUCGUGGAAGUGGGUGUCUAACGAGGACCCCGAGGCCGAGGGCAUGGAGGAGACGGCGUCUAUUGUCGCGCCCGACGAACAUGGCGUCGUGCAUCAGAUUCACAGUACUGGCUUCUGGGUUGACGCUCAUGGCGACAAGGUCAAGGGCAAGAUCCGCUUUCGAAUACGCAACUUUGACGUUGGUGUGAGUGGCGAGACAACGUACUUGAGUCUCGAGGGUACCAUGCUCGACAAGGCCAGCGAGAAGACGCUGGUGCAGCAGGAGGGGCACGCCCUCAAGAUGCGCCGCAACACCAAGACAAAUCGCCGUCUCGAGCGCCGCCGUGCUCCCGAGUUCAGUAUGACGCGCUUCUUCUCCGAAGAGGAGAAGCAAGCACAUGAGAAGCGAGAAGCUGCCAAGGCCGCAGCGCAGGCAGAACGGGCGGCUGCGGCGGCUGAAGAGGAGACUGCAGCAGCAACAUCUGAAGGAACAAAGAUUGUGUUUGACGAAUAA